GUGCGAUGCAUGGUGUGUGGGUAGCGUCGGUUCACGACCGACCGGGUGGUGUAUCAGGGUUGAUUGAGUGUCUCAAUGUUGGUUUGUCUGUUGAUGCACGAUAGAUGAACCAUGAGGAGACUCCUAUCUGGUCUGGUCGGUCUGUUCCUGGCACCUGCGAGAGUGCCAAUGACGCCAAGAUGGUACAUGUGGAACCGCAGCCGCGCCGAUCCUGGGAUGAAAAAUCAACAAAUCCACAUAAUCUCCCUGAGAAGUUCCUCAUCCUUGGGAAUCAAUUGUGACACCGAAAGAGGGGAAGCCGUCAAUCUCGACCUACUCCUCACGGGUUUCAGCUGCUGCAGAGGCCAUGGCGUACCUGACCAUCGCAUCAGGAUCACUAGUAUCGCGAUGUCAAGACAGCCCCCUAUCACAAAUAUGGCUUAGGACCUUAACCUCCAGUGGAGCAGCUGGCCCACCUCCCCCUCCAGGUACGGAAAAAUGUUCAGAGCAAACCGGGCCCCCAUCGGGACCCCGUUUGAUGGCUGAUUGCGCAACAAUAUGC